AUGAGAUGUCAUUCUCAAAAAACUUUUGGCGAGUGGAAGGAGGAAUGGUGGAUUGUUUGCAGAGAGUGGAAGCUUGGCAUCAGAGCUGACUGCCAUUACAGAUAUUUCCUGUACAACCUUGUAUUUCAAGCCUGGAAGACUUUUAUGUGCCAUCAACGGAAAAAAAGGCACAAAUAUUGUGUCGCAGAGUCUCAUGCGGAGAAGCAGAAGCUGCGCUGGACCUGGCAGCAUUGGCUGAUCUACAUUGAUGUUCGCAGGACCAAGCAUAGGAUGCAGUCUGAGGCGUUGGCUUUCAGGGAAACAAGCACUCUACGUGUGUCAUGGAAAGUGUGGACAAGACGACUGCACCAGAAGUAUGCUAACUGUAAGAUGAAGACUCUGGCUCUGCAGCACUGGGCCCAGAGCCUGCAGUUUCGGGCCUGGCAACAGUGGAUAGAGCUAUAUUUGCACAUCCAGCAAAUCAAGCAGAAGGAGGCCUGGGCGGUGAAUCAUCAUCAGCGCUGGGAGCUGAGAAGAUGCAUGAAGGCCUGGUUGGAGCACUUGCAACUUCAAAGAAAAAAAAAGCAUCAGGACAAGCUAGCUCAACAACAUCACCAAGUUUGUGUGCUUCAGCAAUGUUUCUCUGGCUGGCGGCAUGCCUGGGAGCACAGGAGAAGUAUGCAAGUCUACAAGGAGCGUAUUAGUGAGCUAGCAACAAGGGUUAUCUUACGGAGAGUGUUCACACACUGGAAGUACUAUGUUGUACUGUGUAUGGAAGAGACCUGGCAGCAUGAGCUUGCAGAAAAACAUCACCGACACCAUCUUUUGCACUUUGGAUUUAAUGCCCUGCGGAAGAAUGUUAUAAAUGCUCGUCUCCAGCAAAUGAGAAGAAAUUUGGCUCAUCAGCAGCAUCAAGUAAUGUUGCUGCAGAGUUUUUGGAAUCGCUGGAACCGAAAUCACUACAGGGUAAGGCUUCUGCAGAAGUCUGUCAGGAUAUGGUUAAGGAAUGCCAAGUGGAGAAGACAUAGGCAGAUGCAGUAUGCCGAAGCUGACACUCAUUAUGGAAGAGUGAUCUUGCCUGUCAUCUUCCAAGCUUGGAAGAGGUUUAAGAACCAUCAGCACUGCUGGAGAGUGAUGAAGGAAACAGCAUCUUGCUUUCAUAGGGAAUUGUUGAUGAGACAGGUAUUUGACACGUGGUGGCUGAGUGCAUGUGAGCAGCAGGAGAACCGGAGGAGAGAGCUAGUGGCCGUUCACCACUGUGAGCAGCAGGUGUUAGUUCGUUUCUGGGGCUCCUGGCGCAGGAGAACAGUGGUCUGUUUGGAGGAGCAAGUCUGCCACCUGCUGCUGUGGAACACUUUUCAUCUCUGGAAGAAAAACAUUCAGGAGAUAAGAUCAGAGAGGGCCAAAGAGAUGAAGGCUGCAAGGUUUCAUUAUUCAAAGCGCCUGCAGUGGUCUUGGAGCAAGUGGAGAAAGUAUGUGGAACAUCGGUCUAAGAAGUGGAAGACAUUGGUGCAAGCAGACAUUCAUUAUCAGCACUCACUACUGGGCAGAGUCCUAGCUGCCUGGAAGAGUUACCAGCAAAACAUACAGAGCGUUCUGCGCCAGGGCGCUGAAAAGGAAGACGCGCAUAGGAGGGCGCUGUUGCGACAGAUGCUGAAUACCUGGAGAGAAAAUACUGUUGCCCUUGUGGGUGAAGCAAAGAAAGCUGUGCAGGCAGAACAGCACUACAGGAGAUCAACUCUCUUGAAGGUGCUUCUCCAGUGGAGGGACACUACCUGUGUACGGGUGUACUGCCGUCAGCAGGAGGCAGCAGCUCUGAGGGAGGCCAGGAAGUGUUUGGAUAUGGUGCGCUUACGGGCUAUAUUUCUUCACUGGAAGGAAUUCACCACAAGGUCUUUAGUGCUGAGAGUCCAGCUCAACACUGCAGCUCAACACCACCAGAGGCAACUGCUGCAAGAGUGCCUGGCAAAAUGGAAGCAGUUUCAUAGGCGGUGCAUAGGGAAGAUGCUCCUGCAGAGACGGGGAGACCAGCUGAUGGCUUGGAGACUCUGCUCUGCUUGCUUUUCCUGCUGGAAGAGACAGCUGUUGCAGAAGCAAUGGGAACGGCAGGAGACAGUGCGGGCGCUGUGGCACUGGUCACUCUCACUACAGGGAAAGGUGUUUGAUGCCUGGCUGGGGUUUGUCCGGGAGCAGCAGCGGAAGAAAGGCCGCAUUGAAAAAGCGGUAGGGGUUUACCGUGCAGCCCUGUUGAGAGAGGGUGUGACCCAGAUCUUGAGGUACACGGCUGGCAUGAAGCAGUUCCGGGGGCAGCUUCAAGCCCAGCACCAGCUGAAGGCAGCCUACAGCCUUCACCAGACAGUGUCUCGUUGUGCCCUACUUUGGAAACAAAAGGCUCUCUGUCGGAGCCUAGACAAACCUCUCUCCCUUCUACCUUCUCUGAAGAAGAGAGUGACAUUUAAAGUUCCCAUGCCUGAUGCCAACUCUGGGGCAGGAGGAGAUGCAGCGAAGGCAGCAAUUCUGUGCUCUGUGCCACAGCCCUUGAAAACUGAUGAUUUGCCGUUCCUCUCUGCUGCCAGGCAUUCAAUGCUUAGUGAGCUAAACACCAUCCGUCAGGGAAGAUUACAGCCGCGUAGACCUGACUUCCUAUUGCAGUCUCUGGAGAGAGAGGGCUUGUUGGGAAUACCAUUCAGUGGACUGGAGGGACUGGAGGUGCCUUUGCUGCAAACAUCCAUGAGCAAACAUAGGGCCCAGGCUGAGGCUCUACUCACCUCAAAUCAAACAGAGCAAAGCAGGUGUAAUCAGCUGUCCCAGCUGGAUAGCACUAGUUACACCUUAAGCCCCCUUCCUGUGCCUACCCCUCUGCCUGGUGUAUCAUCUUGGAUGCCUGUCACGUGCCAUCCUGCUCAAACAAGUCCAAAGCCAGUGCUCUUGCCUCCUUCGUCCUUCAUGUCACGUUUGAGAGGUGAAUCCGAAAAGAAUGAAGGUCAGUCCCUGAAAGGUCACCUGGAAACUUUUCUACAAGACCCUGAACAGGUCACUGCGGAGGAGAGGAAGCAGCUAGACUCGCAGGCACAUCUGCUACCCAAAGAUGUAGCAGGAAAAGAGAGCAAGCCAAAACCUGCAGACGAAAGUAAGAGCAGGCAAGGUGAUUCUCUGGAGGGAGCAAAGCUGAGGAAACAGUUGGAAGCAGAACUCCAACACAUACGGCAGCAAAUGCAGCAUUACCAUGACAGCAAGCAGGAGCUCAAGUCAUGCCAGCGGCAGGCACGCAUUCUGCACAAAUGGCUAGAAAUGAGUACGGUAGGCCCAGGGGAAGUGGAGCAAGAUGUGCAGCAUGUUCAAGAGGAGCUGGAUCAGUUGGAAGUGCAGAUCAACACACUCACAAAAGUGCUGCUAGAAGAGAGAGAGUGUCUGCAGUGCUACAUCCUCCGUGUGCAGGAUAUUCGCAUGGCUCUGCAUAUGUAACAAGCCUAAAACCUCUAAACAAUUGUUCUUGCUUAAUGGCAUGAUGGGCUGGCUGUUUUGAUUACAGAGGACA